UGUCAGCUAAAGCGUCUGAUGGACGGUGAGCAUGCGUACCAUAUCUGAAGUUGAUAAAUUGAAAUUGAACAUGCGUAAUUAACCUUUCGGAAUAGGAAAAAAAAAACCAAACCACAACAGAUCUCGUCGUCUGUGGAACAUGCGCAUUCGUUCUCUGUAAUUUUUUUUGUAUUGAAAGUGAGCAUGCGCAUAAUGAGAAGGUUGCCACUCUGAAGUUUGAACCGGACAGAAACGGCUGAUCCUGGGGCUGUCAGUUGCUCACUGUUUUGAGGGAGUAAGCCUGGUUUGUGUCUCAGCAUGUCAAUAGUAACAGUGCAGCUUGGUCAGUGUGGCAAUCAGAUUGGUUUUGAAGUGUUUGAUGCUUUAUUUAGUGACUCACACUGUUCCCAGGGACUCUGCUCUAAAAGAGAGAAUGAGGCAUAUCAAGCAUCUUGCAAAGAAAGAUUCUUCAGUGAGGAGGAAAAUGGAGUUCCAAUUGCUCGUGCUGUACUUGUUGACAUGGAACCUAAAGUUAUCAAUCAAACACUGUCAAAGGCUGCCCAUUCUGGCCGAUGGAAAUAUGGCCAGCAUUCAUGCUUCUGUCAAAAACAAGGUUCUGGAAACAACUGGGCAUAUGGAUACUCUGUUCAUGGACCCAGGCAUGAAGAAUCUAUAACGAACCUAAUCCAGAAGGAAGUGGAGAAAUGUGAUUCUUUGAAUGGUUUUUUCAUCAUAAUGAGUAUGGCUGGAGGCACAGGAUCAGGGCUAGGAGCCUUCGUUACACAGAACUUACAAGAUCAGUACUCAAACUCUCUGAAAAUGAAUCAGAUUAUAUGGCCUUAUGGAACUGGUGAGGUUAUUGUUCAGAACUACAACUCCAUUUUGACACUUUCUCACUUGUACCGAUCUUCAGAUGCCCUCCUUGUUCAUGAGAAUGAUGCUGUUCAUAAGAUCUGUGCGAAACUGAUGAAUAUCAAGCAGAUCUCCUUCCGUGAUAUAAAUCAAGUCCUCGCACAUCAGCUGGGAAGUGUGUUCCAGCCUACUUACUCUGGGGAAGGCUCAUUUCACUACAGAAGAAAUCCACUAGGAGACUUGAUGGAGAAUUUAGUUCCCCAUCCAGAAUUCAAGAUGCUGGGUGUUCGUAACAUUCCUCAAAUGUCUGAGAAUUCACUGGCAUACAGCACAUUUACUUGGGCUGGCCUCCUCAAGCAUUUGAGACAGAUGCUCAUUUCUAAUGCGAAAAUGGAAGAAGGUAUUGAUUGGCAGGUACGGCCUCCUUUAUCAGGACUUCCUACACUUGGUAAAAUGUCUCUCAACAAGGAGUUUCACUUUAACACUUCCAUUGCUAACUUGGUCAUCCUUCGUGGGAAAGAAGUACAUAGUGCGGAGCUGGGAGCAUUUAAAGAUCCAGCUCUCUAUACUUCCUGGUUAGAGCCUGUUCAUGCUUUCAGUGUGUGGAAAACCCAGCGAGCCUUUAGCAAAUAUGAGAAGUCUGCAGCGUUGGUCAGCAAUAGCCAGUUCUUAGUAAAACCACUUGAUAUGAUUGUGGGCAAAGCAUGGAAUAUGUUUGCUUCAAAAGCCUACAUUCAUCAGUACACAAAAUUUGGAAUUGAAGAAGAGGAUUUUUUGGACAGUUUCACAUUGUUAGAACAGGUUAUUGCUAGUUACUGCAACCUCGGAUUUUGAACAAAGGGGAAAAAUUACCUUAAGUCAUUUUUGGACUAAAAUACUUGCAAUACUACUUUCUCCGUAAGGUUUUUCAAAUUCCUAUCUGCUAAUGUAACAAGGUUGAAUGCUGAUUCCCUCUUCAUACUAUAGCCACAGAAAAGGAGAAAAACCUUUCAUGUUUUCAAUGAAAACAUCUACUUGAAAUUUUCCUUUGUAAGAAAAAAUACUGGUACUUCUUUAAAGAACUUUGGAAACCCUUUGCUGAGAUGUCAGAACUCUAGAACUAUCAGAAAAGGAAACUUCCCUCUUUAUUCCAAAAAGCAUUCACUAAAUAUGAGCUAAACUUUCAUAGCACAAUUUUCAGCUAAGAAAUUGCAAUUCCGUAUUUAAAUAUAUUCAUCUUUGAAGUGAAUGUUUUGAACCAUAAGAGGGAGCUGUUGUCAAAAGCUACAGGGUGAACAUCUAUUUUUGAAUAUUUUAUUCUAAAACGGUAAGAUUUUCCACUUUAAGCAGCUAUUUAAAAAUAAAUGUCAGGACUUUGUUAAUAAACGUAUAUCAUGCUUAAAUACAAAAGUAAAUAAGCAAGUGUUUACUUUGUUUGCUGUUCUUAAAUUU